CUAUUUGAAAGGCUUAAAGACAAGCAACCAAACUUCUGGAAUCAAAUAAUUGCUAUAACGGGAGAUUGUAACCACCCGAAUCUCGGAAUAUCUUCGGAAGAUCGGGCUACUUUCACUCGAGAAAUUUCGAUUGUCUUCUAUACCGCGGCAACAGUGAAACUCAAUGAGAAGUUGAAAUUAGCAGUAACAAUUAAUGUCGAAGGUACGAAAGACGUUCUAAAUCUUUGCAAGGAAAUCCCUAAUCUGAAGUCAUUUGUAUUAUUAGGAAAAUGGCCAAAUGCCUAUACUUUCACAAAAGCGAUGGCGGAGGAUGUGAUUAGGAAGCAGGCUGGUGAUUUGCCAAUCGGCAUUUUUCGUCCUGCCAUUAGCACAAGUUUAACAUUUUUAUUAUAUGUGCAAUCGCUCUGUAGGCAAUCGGAAAUGUCGGUAAUUGAAGCUGUCGGCAAAAUGUUGUGGGUGCCGUAA